GUCAGUGUUGCGCGCGAUUUUCGACGCGAGCGCACGCCGCACAGCGUUCGAAUGUUAAAACGAUCGAGACAGUGAACAGUGAAUCUUUAAGUUUUUCGGCCAGUGCUGCAGUGAACUUUGGUGUUUACUAUUUCGUUACAGUUUAUUGGAAGUUUUAAAGGAUGUUAAGAGAAUUGUAUCCUGUUUUGUGCAAGUGCUAUUGUUUGCUUUGUUGAUGCGAACCAGCUGUCAAAACAUCUAUACUGUCAAGGCAACCACGGCCGAUAUCUCGUUCAGCUAACCAUUUUAAGAUUUACUGCGAACUGUUACACUAAAAAAAUAAAACCAUCACAGACAAAAAAAAAAAACAUGACCAGUUGAUGCAAAGAUGCCAACAUAGCAUACAGAAUACAGAUGGCGCAUAAACUGAAGAAUAACCAUUACGUGGCGACGCACCGCUCGGGGGUGGACUCACCGUCAUCGGGGGCGUACUUGCACCGCGGACCUUCGAGAGACGAGAAUGAUAGUCAUAGAGCACCGUCGGAGAGAACCUUGUCCGAAUAUACGACAAUGGACGAACGAACACGAUCGCCAUCCGGCGAACACCGGGAACACCGCAACGGCCGGAGUCGUUCACAGCACACCAACGGCUCCCCGCGAGCCGAUAGCGACGUAUACGUCACUAGCGGCGCCUACAGACCUCCCUCACAGAUCAGCCGGCAGUCUCGUGCGCCGCGCAGCGUGUACUCCUACCGCAGCGCGGUGGCGCCCUCUGUCGCGUCUACACACCGCUCCAAAGUCUCACGGAAGGCGGGUGUAAAAGUAGACGCGAUGGCGGCCCCCAACCCGUUCUGCCCCAACGUGAAGGGCAUGUGCUGCCUCAUGCUGCUCCUCAACCUUGGACUCAUCCUGGUGACGCUGGGCUUCGUCAUCGUUCUGCAAUUCUUCGAACCACUCUUUGUCUGGAUAUUGGGCAUAGUCUUCCUAAUAUUCGGGUUCAUCACACUCGUCGGCAGCCUCAUCUACUGCGUGGUCCUCUGCCGCGAGAACCCGUACCCUCAGUACCCUGACGAUUUCUACUGGACCCACCACUGGUCCAAGACCAUAGGGCCUUCGGAAAUACACUACAACGCCAGUGAAAAACCCUACAGACAAAACGGACACAGUGAUAGAUAUAAUAAGUAUAACGGAAAGUAUUCGGACCGAGAAAGCGCUAAAGGCUAUUCGGAUAGGGAGAGCAAAUUAAGCAGGUACUGAACGUAACUUAGAAAUGUUGAGGUUAAUUUCUGAACGAAUCGUUCGAAUUUUGAAUUGCGCGGGAAACUUUGGGUAAGUUCCCGCCUGUUUGUCGGGCCAUUUUUUAUAAUUCUAAUAUUAAAAAAAUGGUCUAUAUUUUUUUAAUCUAUGUAUUCACUCGCAUAGUCGAAACUUCUUUCGUUUUCUAAAGACUAGAAUUAUUAAUGUCCCAUUUCGGUUGUAAACUUUUUAAAGAAGUUUUAACAUGUGUGAAUUUUGGUGCAGUUUCUGAGUUUUUUUUUUGAACUUUUCUCUGUGCUAUUUUUAAGCACUUGUAAUGUUUACAAUUUUACAUUGUAAUCGUUAUUUAUAUUUAUCUCUUGGUCCAGAUAGUUUCAUGCUAUUGGGAAAUGAAUAAGAGUAGAAUGCAAAUUGUGUUUUUUACAAUGAUCUACGACAAUUUAAAGCAACUUUUAGGCACUUUCGCCUGAAUGUUCAAUAUAUAUUAAAAUUUAUUCGAUGUGUUAUUUUAUAAUUAUAAUUAAUGAUAACAUAAUGGUAACUGUAAAUAAUAUUAUAUUAAUAAGGUAUUAAUUUAACAAUCUUUAAAGCAAAAUGCCAUAUUACUUAUUAUUAAUAAAAACUUACCUGUUAUAUUGAAUUUACAUAAAAUUAUUAAAAUACAAAAUGUUAUUUAGUAAAAACUGUGGAUUAUAUAGAAAUAUUUACAGAUUGAGAGUAAACCAGUAAUAUAUUACUUUAAUACGCCUGUAUCUGAAUAUGUGAUUUGAACUAAAAUUAAAUUUAUCUGUAAUUAUUAAUAAAAUUCUGUAACGA